ACCGGACUAUACCUCACGUUACAAAGCCGCAAAUCAAACACUACUCGUUUCUUUCAAACCGCGGCCGCUGCACCUCUGCGUCUUGGCCACUUCCACUCGACCAAACUUCCUACACUACUCCACCAUAUCUGGGAAUAUAAGUCAAACCAACAACCGCCUCUAAACCGAACACAAUUCGUCUCAUUCAGUACCAAACUACGCUACUAUACUACACAACCGCCAACAUGUCUUUCCUCCUACGCACAUCCACCCCCCUCCGCCAAAGGCUGUUUACCACCUCGGCACGAGCUCGCAAUGCCAUCUCUAUCCAAGAUGCGGCUGCAGCACACAUGGCAUCCACUCCCGGAGCCAGUGCUGUACCAAGACUCGGAAAAGUAGCAAAAUGGUAUCUUCCUACCAUGGCCAUGGUAGCCGCUGGUAUGAUUUACUUCCCUAGAGGCACAGCAUCCGCACAGCCUCGCCGACCGCUUACGCUCGGCGAUGCUAAUGCCAACAUAGGCUUUGGCGUGACCAAUGCACUUAACGAGGCAAACCGCAAGGUUCAUGUCACACUUCAACCCACUCAGGAGCAGAGGAACCAAAUGCUCAUGGACUCGUACGGCGAGCGCUCCAGCCUGGAGGACAUGGAGAGGGCUCUGGCCGGUCUUGAGGAAAAGCUCUCCAGCAAGAAGGACCGAGCCACCAUGUUGGAGGAGGCGUACGGUGGCCGCGCAAGCAUUGAGGACCUUCAGAGGGCUAUGGAGCUUUACGAGGUCCAGUGAUUGAAGCGACCUAGCCAAUAAGAGACGGAAACAUCACCAGCUUCGCGCUGUAGGGCGCAUACCCGCUUCCGGGGAAGUGAGGGCAGGGAAAGAGAAGAAGAGAGAGCGAUAUUCGCGCGCUAGACGCUGCGACGGCUUCUCCGCCAGGCUACGAGUAAGGGAGGACUCAGGCCCGUCCAUGUAUCUCCAUAGAUUAUCGGAGGCAUUGUGCGGUUUCGCAUUGGGCAUGGCGUUUCCAGUGUUUCGCAAAUAGACUCCAAAACGGGGCUACGAAGCAUGGACUUCAUAACAAUAAAUCAACAUUUAUGAACGUGCAA